CGGACGGGUGACAGCUAACUGGAAACAUGUAGUACACAGUACUGCAGAAUUGAACCUUUAAAAUCAGUAUUUUGGACUUCUUCCACUGGAUAUUGUGCAUUUGUGGGUAUUAUAUCGCUACUGUUUUAUUGUUAACUAGGUGCGUAUGACCAGCGAUCUUUCCGGUGGGGUGAGCAACAAUCCUGCUGACAAGUAUCAUCGUGAACGCGACUGUUGUGGAGGCCUCAACAACGUGGACUACUCGAAGAUGGACUUGAAGGUGUUUGAAGAAGUCUUAAAGCACAUCAACUUUCACGACUCUAAUUUCCACAUUGCUGUGAUUGCAAUCAUUUUCAACCCCCUUUUUUGGAACGUGGUUGCAAGAUGGGAGCACCAGACACGUAACCUCUCCAAGAUUUUUGGAAGUCCCUACUUCGCCUGCUACUUCCUGGGCUUCAUCGUCAUCCUUCUCAAUGUGUAUCGCAGCCACAGCAUGACAGUGGUCAUGAAGACCCAAGCCAGGUGGGAGAUGAUGGACAGGCCGGAGGUGUUCUACUUUGGUGUACUUCUCAUUGUGCUGGGCUCUGUGCUGGUGGUCAGCAGCUUUUUAGCUCUGGGAUUUACAGGAACAUUCCUUGGUGACUACUUUGGCAUUCUGAUGGAUGAGAAGGUGACAGGCUUUCCUUUCAACUUCAUAGAUAACCCCAUGUACUGGGGCAGCACCUCCAACUACCUUGGCCUGGCACUUAUAGGUGCGAGUCCUGUGGGUCUUUUCCUGACUGUGAUUGUAGCGGUGGUCUACAAGAUUGCAAUCCAAUUUGAGGGACCUUUCACUGAACACAUCUAUCAGGAGAGGAGGCGCAAACAUGAAUAAUCGUACCCCGGCAGCUUGAAGAGGAUUCGCUGCUGAUCAAGAGGACCUCUGAAUGGGAGUAUUUCUUUCAACCUUUAAAAUGACAUUGUCCACUGUUCCGCUUUUAGAAUAAAACAUUACCACGUGAAAUUUGGUGUACGCUCUUCUAUUCAAGAACAGCUGCAUAGAAUCAUUUUUUACAUACUGCAGGUAUGUCCAAAACCAUUAGAGGUAUGGAAAACAAACUUAUUCAUGCUCUUGAUGGCGUUAUUACCAUGCAACUUGUGAAGCUUAUAAUAAUUUCAAAAAAUAGUACAAAUUAAAAUUUUAAAAAUGAAAUGAAAUACAGGAGAAGCAAGAAUAUUUUAGAUUUUUUUUUAUACAAACAGAAAUAAAAAAUACGAAUUAUCUUUAACUUUUAAUAAAAAAAAAAAAUUAUCAGCUGAACUGAUUGAAAACUGUUCCACCUGUGGUGUGCAGCAAAGCCUUUUCCGCUGGCCUCGCCACUACCUGAAGCCUACAUUUACAACUUAAAUUUUAGUAUUUGUUCCAUGAAAUUCUAUUAAUUUAUUCCCAACAAUCUAUUAUUUUCAUUUAAUAGCGUGUUUCUUGGUUGCACUAGUGUAUGUGUAUGUUAAAUAUGUUUGUCCAAUCAGAUUUCAGCUUCUAUGAGUUGCCAUGUUAAUCUAAUCAGACCAGGGCCUUCAGAAUUAGGAGUGCUGGCCUAUGUCACACACUACAGUAUUAGCCAUGGGGCUGUGUUUUUUUUAGCCAGUCAGACUUCUGAUUCGCCACGCAGGGCCAGCUAGCCGCCCUACGGUGGCAGCAGAACUUUUCUGUCCUCUGAUUGGUUGAUCACAGCAAAGAAAUUGACAUCUCUGGUGAGUAAGAUGUAUUUUAUUGAAAUGUUUUAUGAUUUUGUCAUGCUAUUAGUUAAAUAUUGAUUCUGAACUGCUCCGGAUGUUGUAGUGUAGAUGUUGUCUUGACUUGUCUGUACACUUACUCUUUCAACACCAAAGACGUAUUUAUGUUUUUAUAAUCCCAAACGCCCGAUCCCAAAGACGUAUUUAUACGUUUUUUACCUUUUUGUGCGCCAGAGGCAAUAAGAUGUCGACUCAACUGCAUACUAAAUGCAUGUCACUUUUACAGUAGAGCAGCUUUAAGCCAUAAAAACGGCCACAAGGUGGCAGAAGUGCAUUUGAUAAGAGCACGGCAUGUGAAUAUGAAUGAAGAAAACAUACAUGACAGCAAGGAGGAAGUGGAAGAACGUGGAGUGUAGCGUGCAGAGCGUUCCGCACUAGGAAAUUUUAAUCCAUGCACACACACAGUUCCAAAUGUGAAAAUUGUAAAUAGGUCGUGGUGUUAUAUAUGUAAAUAAAUUGUUAUUUUUAUCUAAAACAAACCUUUUUUGCGUUGUUUAUGUUGUGUUUCAUUCUAGUAUUGUGGCAGAUUUAAAAAAAAGUGUCUCUAUAAAGUCAUUUUAAAGUUAAAUAAACACUUGAGAGUUGUUUUUUAUGCGUCAUUCCUCAAGCAUUGCAACUUCUCCGAGACAAGCAAGGGGGUGACUCACAAAACAAGAUUCCCUCAGGUGGAAAUGUCAUGGAAGGGUCCAAUGGUCUUCUUCAGUAACCUGCAUGGAUUGUACUUAAGCCUCAGGAAAAGAGCAGAAAAAAACAUGAAGAAAAAAGACUGUGAUGCAAACUCCAGUAGUUUAGUACACUGAUCAACAAGCACGACAUGUGUGCUGAUCACUCGGGGCAGUCCUAGUUCUAAAUGGUGAGAACGAACCAGAAGAGCAUUGAAGUGACUGAUCGAUGUAUGACCAAGGUCAUUCUGCCCAUUCAGUCACACACGCUGACCUGCAUGUC